AUAGAAAAGAAAAAAUAAGGAAAAGACCGAAAGUGCACUAGAACAAGCCUGUUUUGGCUUGUGUUUUGGUCUUGUAGGUGGGAGCUUCAAAAGCAUCAUUUCCUCAUCCACAUUAUUCUAUGCUCUUCUGUAUCUCCCCAGCCCCUUCAUACACACAGUACAGUCAACUGAAAUUUCUACAGCCUCUUGAAGCACACUUGGAUGUUAGCUAGUUACAAGAAAGAGGUGACUGUUUAAGACCUAGUGUUGCUAGCUAGCUUUCUAGAUUUGGUUGUGAAUAGAUUUGAAGAUAAUAUCCAUCUCGGGAUCCAUCCUCACCUUUCUCAGUUUUUUCUCUUCUUUUUCUCCAUCUGGUGUUAUCUAGAAUCUGAAAGGUUGAAGAAUAUAGAUCAGAUCCUUAGUUUGCUUUCUCAUCUAGUUCAGAUCCACUUUUAAUCUUUUUCACUUCCUUUUUAUAAAAGCUACUACUAGCUAGUAAUUUUUUUCAUAAUCAUUUUCUCCUUCAAACCGAAUUUUGAGACAUAAAAGAUGAAGAGAGGUAUGGUGGUGGAUGAAAAUAUGUCCAAUUUGACAUCAGCAUCAAGUGAAGUAAGUGCUUCUUCAGAAAUCAGGAAUGAAAACGGUUCUCUCUAUCCUCAGCUCUACUCCUCCAAUGCUACAAAUCAAGAACCACAACCCAAGAGGAAGAGAAGCCUUCCAGGCCACCCAGAUCCUGAGGCUGAAGUGAUGGCCUUGAGUCCCCAGACACUCAUGGCAACGAACAGGUUCAUUUGUGAGAUUUGCAACAAAGGGUUUAGAAGAGAUCAGAAUCUGCAGCUUCAUAGAAGAGGGCAUAAUUUGCCAUGGAAGCUGAAGAAAAGAAAUGGCAAUGAACCAAUAAGAAGGAAAGUGUAUGUGUGCCCAGAGCCAACAUGCGUUCACCAUGACCCAUCAAGGGCCCUUGGAGACUUAACUGGAAUCAAGAAGCACUUUUUCAGGAAGCAUGGGGAGAAGAAAUGGAAGUGUGAGAAGUGUUCCAAGCGUUAUGCAGUUCAAUCAGAUUGGAAAGCCCACUCCAAAGUUUGUGGCACCAGAGAGUAUAGAUGUGACUGUGGAACCCUCUUCUCCAGGAGGGACAGUUUUAUCACUCACAGAGCCUUCUGUGAUGCUUUAGCACAUGACAGCACUAGUGCAAUCACAGCACUGAACCCUCUACUCUCCUCUCACACUCAAAUUCUCAGCCACAUGCACAGUAGCAAUGGCCUUCAAGCACCACCAGUGAAAAGAGAGCAAGACUUCAAUCUAAGACCAGAAAUUCCCUCAUGGUUGGCUUGCUCUACAUCAGUUCCACCACCACCAUUACUCCAAACCCAUUUGGACCAGUCUUUUGUUAUCCACCAUGAAAACCCUAACCCUAGUACAACCUUGCUUCCUCAUCAUCUCAACAACUCCACUAGUUCGAAUUAUCCUCACAUGUCAGCCACUGAUUUCCUGCAAAAGGCAUCACAAAUAGGUGUAACAGUGAGCAAAACAACAACACCAUCACCAUCACCAUUCAUGCUUAGACCCCACAUGAUGAUGCAGCAGCAGGUUCACGUGCCUGAAAUGGUUAUGGCUUCAUCUUCAGCUGUUUCUGGAAUAGUUAUGCCUUCACGUGAUGAAAUAGGAACUGGUGGUUAUUUUACUCAUGGCUUGGCUUCUUAUGGGAAUAAAGCUGCAAUCACCUCUGGCUACUUUGAAGCUGAUCAAGCAUCUUGUCUUUACCAUGAUAUGAUGGGUGGUACUGUGCCUCAAACCUAUGAGAGGGAUAUGUUUAUGAGGGUUUCCCAUCAACAGGUCCUCGGUUCGAAACCAGCAGAAUCUACUCAAGAGAUGUUUAUGAGGGGAAUGUUUAACCCAACAAGAGAUGCUGAUGAUGGUAACUUCGAAUAUGAACUUGUUUCCAAAUCAACACAACCCCAGUUUAGUAAAAGUGACAAGGUUUCUUCAGGUGGUGCCGGUGAUGAUGAAAUGACAAGGGAUUUUCUGAGUCUGAGAGCGUUUUCUCAUAUGUCUGGGCUUGAUCCUUUGGGUUCUUUAUCAUAUGGCAAGCAAAAUCAUGACCAUGCACAAUGGCAAGGCUAAUCGGGUUUGUAAAUUAAAUGCAUGUCGGUGAAAUAUGACAAAAUCACAAUAGACAAAAACAACUUUCAUUCGGCGACUGCCAUCAAAGAGUAGGAUCCUUGAAGCUUAUGGCAGGCAUCAAUGGCCCUCAAGAGUAAAGAUCUGCAUUUUGACGUGGCAAUAAGAUGGAGUACAACCUCGGUAUCAGAAGUCGUGUUGAUCAAAAUGGAUUCAUUAUCUUCAACUUUGGCCUUUAAGGUGCCAUAAUUGGCUACCAGAAACUACCGGUCAUAAAAGUCUACUUUUCAAUUUUUCAUUUCAAACAUCGAAACAAUAUUCAAACACUCCUUAUCAGAUUCA